UUUUGUUACAGAACAUUUGUUUAACAUUUAUGUUGGUAUGAUAAAAUGUUAGCAAUAUUUUUGAUCGUUUUCUGUGCAUCACAGUGUAUUGGACAAGGAUCAUCUCAAGCAUCUCCGUGUGAGGGUCCAGGUAGAUAUAAUUGUGGAGACGGAGUUUGCAUAUCUAGAGCUAGACUUUGCAACGGAGUAAGAGACUGCCGUCGUGGUCAAGACGAAUUAGAUUGCGCUCCAGCCGUUUGCGCAAGAAACGAUGUAUGGCGGCGGCAAAACAAUUAUACUUGCAAGCGAGAUUGUGCAAAAAAACGGAGCUGUAGAGGUGAUCUAAAGAAAUGUAUAUGUGAUGACGAGUGUGGACUGAGUUGCAUUAAUCCAAGUUCAGUAUGUGAAGACGAACCACCAACUGUAGAACACGCCAUGUACCGGAAUAUCAGGCGAACCCAUUUAACUGCAAACGGUUCCAAACGUCUGGAAAUUGUUGAUCCAGUAAGACCUCCUUAUUACUUGUGGGACAUGGUAACUUACACAUGUGAACGUGGACGACGUUUAGUUGGCCCUCUACCGAGAUGCGGUGGGCAUCGACGUUGGACCAGUGAUGUUCCGGAGUGCGUAGAUAUUUCAUGCAGAAAUCCUGUCCCCAAUGUAUGGCAUACAAUAUAUCAUCGUUAUUUGAGACAGGGCAACGGAAGAAUGUUGCCAGUUUCAAAUAAAACAGUUCCUGUCUUGAAUGACGUUGUUGAAUACACAUGCCAAGAUGGAUUAUUUCUCACGGGGGAACCUCCAAAAUGUGUUGAUAAUGGCAUGUGGUCAGCCCACACCUUGCAAUGUGUUGUACCAUGCUUUGAGAACUUUGACCAGGAAUUGAUAUCAAAAUAUGAUUUAACAUGUGGAAGCAGUUGCCUUACUACAGCAGAUUGUGGCACGGGAAUGGAAUGCUUUUGCGAUGGACCUUGUUCUCGAGUUUGCGUUGAUCCAAAUAUCACAUGUCGUGAGGCGCCCGAAGUACAGUACGCUACUGUUAAUUACACCGGAUCUGCAAUACGUGAAGUUGCCAGAUAUUCCUGUGAUUACGGAUAUUACUUGGCCUAUGGAGAUCUCUCUCUUUACUGUUCAGGGUCGGGGUUCUGGAUUGGAGACGAACCUAUUUGCAUGCCUGUACAAUGUGGCGACCCCAGUACGAGUAUACAGGAGACAGGGGGAUCAAUCCGAUCUUACGAUGGAACACAUGUGAGAGCUGUAAUAAAAUUCAGAUGUCCUGUUGAUUAUAAAAUGUUUGGAGCAAUAAAACGAACUUGUUUAGGAAAUGGUAAAUGGAGUGGACCACUGACAAUUUGUGAUCUGCGAGACAAAGAAAAACGGUGCCCUCAUCCCGGAGUUCCAAUCGACGGAAGACUAAUAGGAGAUGAUUUUUCAAUCGGAUCCACAGUCAGAUUUCGUUGUGAUUAUGGUUACGUUUUAUAUGGAGAUGAAGAACAAACAUGUUUAUGGAUGAAAGAAUGGUCUGGAACUGGCAUAGCUCCUACCUGCGUUGAUCCUCGGUAUCCUCAUACUGCUGGAGAUGUUAUCGGCUCUUUGACACGAUCGCUAUCUAAUUUGCCUGAUCAGCAAACAAGCCUUGGGAGAUUUAUCAGCGCAGAAGCGACUGAAGCGCAGGAAAUUUACUUCAUGUUCGAUGUUUCACAAAGCGUUCUGAAACGGCCAAAAGAUUUAAAAGACGAAAUAGAAUUUGCAAAACGACUUGUUAAACGGAUGGAAGGAUUCAAGGGAAAAAUACAUUUUGGAAUAAUGGUUUUUGCAUCUAAAAACGUGACGGCCCUAGAUAUUUCUGAAAGUAAAACUAGACCGAAGAGUAUAAAGCAGAUAUUAGGAACAUUAGAUCGAGUCUACCAAGAAGCUGCUUCCAAAAAAUACAAGAACCAAACACGAUCCGGAACAGCAACCGCUUAUGCCUUGUCGCAACUUGAAAACAUGAUUGCAUGGAUGAACAUCACAGACGAAAAUAAUAAAACUAAAAGACAUGUUUUUAUUUUCACCGACGGAAAACACACAGAAGGAUCUAAUCCCGUCGACAAACGAAAACAGAUGGAACGUCAAUACAAAUCGAAUAUUGAAUUUUACAGCAUAACAGCUUGCAAGAAUUGCCAUGUUGAAAGUCAUACAGAAUUGCUUGGACUCUCAUCUGGAAAAAGUGGAGAAAACUAUAUUUACAUAGAAGAUUUUUAUCAACUUACGAGUUACCUUGAUAAAGUUACCGACGUAAAAUUGGAUUUUGCAAAAUGCGGCCAAGCUGGUAACGUGGGAAGCAUAAAACAACAAGCUAGCUUAGCUCGAUCAACUGGCGGAGAAGACGCCGCUGAAAAUGCAUGGCCCUGGCAAGUUUUAAUCACGGGCAAAUUACAAACACCAGAACUGAGUUUAAAGGAUGAACAACUGAUUGGUGGAGGUUCGAUUUUGAAUGAAAAAUGGAUAUUAACGGCUGCUCACGUACUUUGGAAAUUCUAUAGAAAUUCUAGAUACCCUGACUGGCUGGAGGAAUUCGUGUUAUUUGUGGGGAUAUUUAAUCGGCCUACCAUGCGCAAUGAGAAAAUCAGAUCUACCAUCAAAAUGUAUUCAAUCAGGGAAUACAUUCCUCACGAAGAAUAUUUGAAUGAUGAGAGUAAUAUUUUCGAAAACGACAUUGCUUUGAUAAAAAUUGGACCAGAGUUUGAUUCAAAAAUGAAGGCCAUUGGUGUUGAUAAGUUAACAUUUGGAUACUACAUUCGUCCCAUAUGUCUACCUUGCACUAGAACAUGCUUGAAAGAAAAGCAAUUGGUUGACGAAGAUGGAAUAUCAUUGAUAAACGAAGGAAUGAAUGAAACACAGAAAUGUUUGAAAGAAGAGGAACUACUACUCAAAAAUGACGCAAAAGUUGUCGUAACCGGAUUUGGACACCUGAACAUCAGCAAAAUGCCUAUAACUCGAAACACGUUUAAUCCACCAAGAAAUCUGCAACAGGCUUUACUUCAGAUCGAAAUAAAACAAACCUGUGAACAAGGGGUAGAAGGAAUAAGAAUUGCAGAAGAUCUCAACAACUUGAAGUUUUCAGAUAAUAUGAUUUGUUGCAAGUCUGGAGACCCAAAUAAAAUAAUUGAUGCUUGUAAAGGAGACAGCGGUGGCCCAGUAGUGAGGGAGGUAAAAAAUGUUGAGACUGGAACUUCUUGUUGGGUUCAAAUAGGAAUAGUAAGCUUUGGAUACAGAUGUGGAUCACAGUAUCCGGGAUAUUACACAAAUGUUGCAAGAUACAUUCCUUGGAUUCAAGCAAAAACUGAAGAUUAAUAAUUUUAUUAUAUAUAAAGUUCAAAGACGUAACAAGAAACAAAAGUUUGGACAUAUCAACUGAGAAAAUCAUUGGAAAAACUCAACUUCAUACAUACUUGGAUAAUGAACAAUUAUAUGAUUCAAAAUGAUGCAUAAGAGCAAUGAGUAACAGAGUUUGGCAUGAAUACAAUAAAUCCCUUUUUGAGUUGCUUUUUUUAAUUUAAGUAAAGGGGUAUUUUUUAUAUCAAAUUAUUGGUGUGAUGUUUUAGUAUACAAUUUCUUCAAGAUUUUCGCUUCUAUUGUAAUAAACCUCUUAAACUGUUAUCAAUGACCGUUUUAAAUUAUCAAAUAUGAAUGAAAUUUCUUUCAUACUCUUUUGAUUUUGACAAGGAAUCUUGUUUAACAAAAUAAGGAAUGAACCUCUGUGUCAUUCUUAUGAACCAUAAAGUGUUUCAUUUUUCAAUAUUUGCUUGUCGACAACCGAUCUGAUCUACGUUACCUUUGUGAUGUGUUGUGAUUACAACGUGUCAAGUAGACAAAGGUUUGAUUGGCUGCUUUGUAAGUCUACGUGUUGGUGACGUAUUUAUCUGUAGGCCAAUCACGCUACAAGUCGAUAGACAUAUAAAAGCUAUUAUUUCUUGAUUCUUGGCCGUCGUUAUCUGUCA